AUCUGUAUAAAAGAGAAGCGCCGAAGACCUGCACCAGAUCCCUCUUCGACUCCCUCCGCAGCGGAUUGCAACAGCCUUGCAACAUGAUUGGUCUUCGCGCAGUUGUGCUGGUGGUGGCUAUGGUGCACGUCGCGUCUGCCAGCAGAAGCUACGGCGGCGGGUUCGUCGGACGCCCUUCCGUCGGCUUCGGAGGAGGAUCGUUCGCGAGCCCUUCCGUCGGCUUCGGAGGAGGCUCCUUCGCGCGCCCUUCCGUCGGCUUCGGAGGAGGUUCGUUCGCUCGCCCUUCUGUUGGCUUCUCUCGCCCUUCCGUUGGAUUCAGCAGCGCCUCCUUCUCGCGUCCCUCCGUGGGCUUCGGCGGGAGUUCCUUUGGGGGUUCUGGUGGACUGGGACUCGGCGGCUCCACUUUCGGACGCCCUUACUCGUACGGACGGUAGGCGGCCAGUGGGGAGGGGGGGGGGGGCACUGGAGAACCUGCACCCCCAACCUUAUCCCAAGAUAUAUGUGUACAGUCUGUGGAGUCUGAAUAAAGAUGUCUGUAAAAUAU